AUGACCUCGCUUUGGCUUGAUGUGCCUGAGGCACUUGCUCCUCUCAAGCAUACCGCUCGACAUGAUAGUAGCUUGAAAUUCACGUUGAUGACAUUCAAUGCUCUGGCACAAACUCUCAUCAGACGUGAUCGCUAUCCGAAUUGUACUAAGAAUGCAUUGAAGCUCAAGACUCGAAUGCCGCUCCUGGUAAAUGUGAUUGAACAACACAAACCCGAUAUAAUUUGCCUACAAGAAAUCGAUCACGACCACUUCGCAAGUAACUUUGGAAGCACUUUUACACGACUGGGCUAUGAAUGGUCUUUUGAUAGAAAGACUCCGAAGGACGGGAAAGAUACGGCCCAAUAUGGUCUUUGUGUCGGUUGGAAGUCUGCCACGUUCGAAUCGAAGUGGCAGUUAAUAUUAGAUUUCGAUUCUGCUGAGCCGCCGUGUCAGUCUAAAACAGAUUGGCAAACUGGAUGUAUAGCUCAAGUUGCUGCCUUCACCACAUCGAAUCCAAGUGUUGGGUUGAUUGUGUCGAAUCAACAUAGUUAUUGGAGACCUGCAGCCAAAUUCACGAAAUUGCAUCAGGCCAUGGUGACUCUGGAAGGCAUUACAGAUUUGAAACGGCAACUAGAACAGGUCGAUGAGAGUGGAAUACGAUGGCAUGGAUUCAUGUGUGGUGAUUUCAAUGUAACUCCACUCGAAGCGACCUAUCGAGGAAUACGGAUGCACAAGCCUCUGACACCCGAGAUGAUGGCAGAUCUGCAGCUUGAUGCAGAGGAAGGCGCCGUCGAUACCAUUAUCAAACGUCGAGAAUCUCUGCCGCGUCUCGAUUCCUGCUACUCCACAUAUAGAGCAAUCGUAUCCAAGUCACCAGCUCCGAAUAUUGAUCACGAUGAGCCAGAGUAUACUCACUGGAGUGAAGGAUUUGUGGGUACUCUCGAUUAUAUAUUUAGUGUUCGAGACGAGGAAUUAUCGGUGAAGGUUGAACGACUGUUGAGAAUAGUAACUCUAGAAGAGUUGAGAGCACCAAUUCCGAAUGAGACUAUUGGAUCAGAUCAUUUGCCUAUAAUGGCAGAACUUACAUUAUCGAGGGCCUAG